AAAACCGGGUCAAAGCAUGGUCCCCUGGAGGUCGUGAGCCCUCCCCCAGGGGCGUGGCAAGGCCAGCCCAUAUAGGCCCGCACGGCAGCCCGAGUCAGAGUGUGGGGUGGCAGCGGCUAGGGUGGUGCUGCCGGUGCCUGGGCGCGUCGUCCUGGUGUCCCCGCUGCUGGGCACGGUGGAGGCCGAGCGGCUGCCCCAGCGAGGGCCAUGUGGACACUGGAGAGGCGGGGCCCACCGCCCCUGACCCCACCGUGGGCGCUGCCCACCCUGCUGCUAGCUCUUGCGGCACACACAGCCGCCGCGGCGGGGACGGCGGGCGCGCUCACCUACCCAUGGCGGGACGCGGAGACUCGGGAAUGGCUGGUGUGCAACCAGUGCCCCCCAGGCACCUUCGUGCAGCGGCCGUGCCGCCGGGACACCCCCACAACGUGCGGUGCGUGCCCCCCUCGUCACUACACCCAGUUCUGGAACUACCUGGAACGCUGCCGCUACUGCAACGUCAUCUGCGGGGAGCGCGAAGAGGAGGCGCGGCCCUGCGAGGCCACCCACAACCGGGCCUGCCGCUGCCGCCCCGGCUUCUUCGCACACGCUGGCUUCUGCCUGGAGCACGCGCCUUGCCCGCCUGGUACCGGCGUGGCUGUCCCUGGCACCCCGAGCCAGAACACGCAGUGCCAGCCAUGUCCCCCUGGCACCUUCUCAGCCAGCAGCUCCAGCUCAGAGAAGUGCCAGCCCCACCGCAACUGCACGGCCCUGGGCCUCAGCCUCAACGUGCCAGGCUCCUCCUUCCACGAUGCCCUGUGCACCAGCUGCACCAGCUUCCCGCUCAGCACCAUGGCGCCAGGGGGGCCAGGGGCUGAGGAGUGUGAGCGCGCCGUCAUCGACUUCGUGGCUUUCCAGGACAUGUCCUCCAAGAGGCUCCUGCGGCUGUGGCAGGUGCUGGCGGGCCCGGAGGCCCAGGGUCUGGUGACGCCGAGGGAGGGCCGCGCAGACCUCCAGCUGAAGCUGUGGCAGCGGCUCACGGACCUCCGAGACGCACAGGCCGGGGCGCUGAUGGCGCAGCUGCUGCGGGCACUGAGAGAGGCCAGGCUGCCUGGGCUGGAGCGCAGCGUCCGCACACGUUUCUGGGCGCACUGAGCACCCUGCCCCCUAUUUAUUCUGCUCCCAAGCUUUGGCCCCACGUGGAUGUCACCCCCCCCCCGCCACGGCACCACAGUAACCUCAACUGACCGACUAGGCUCCUGUUGCGCUAACAGUUUAUUUUUUAUAAAGCCGUUUUGUACAAUGGG